AUGAAUCUGGACCUUACAGAAAGUUUUGGCCGUCUCACACAAAUCACCAUUGCAGCUCGGCCUUCAGAUGUGGAGACAUAUCUUGAUGCCAGGAUGAGAGCAAACUCAAGAAUGCGCUCAUUCUUGGGCAGAGAUAAAGCUCUCAGGAAUGAUAUUAUUAGCACUCUGGUUAAAAAGACUGACGGGAUGUUCCUCCUGGCCCACCUACAGAUUGAGUAUUUAUGUGGUCGCUCUAAUCUCAGACAAGUUCGAUCAUCGUUGAAUUCUCUGGUUGGAAAAUUAGAAGAGUUUUAUGACGCUGCUUGGCAGAGGAUAGAGAGCCUUGACGAGGGCGAUAGUCUGUUGGCUAAGAAGGCACUUUCAUACGUAUUUUAUGCCAAGAGGCCGCUGACUUCGGAGGAACUUUUUCAUGCGUUGAGUGUUGAAACUGGAGACCCAGAGCUUGAUGACUUGGCGUUUACUGAAAGGCAUAUUCUUCUGUCCGUCACGGCUGGUCUGCUCCAGAUCGGUGACGACAUGGACGACGCGAGACUCAUCCAUCUAACUCUCCAUGAAUACCUUUCGAAGCAUCAAGGCCGAUUCUUGGAACCAGAAAACCAUCUGGCAAAAGCUUGCUUGACCUAUUUGUCGUUCGGCGUCUUCAGUACCGGCCCUUGCCAAGUUGAGCAAGAACUCGAUAAACGAAUGGGUCAUUAUGCUCUUCUCGGCUACGCCUCCCAUCAUUGGGGAGACCACUUCGCAGCUGGCCAAGGUGAUGACGACGUUGGCGAGAUCAUGGAUUUCUUAGAAGAUGAGAAAAAGUUGGCUUCCUCAAUGCAAGCCAUGUGCAUUCCCCGACACCGCACCGCUGGUUGGCAUGAAGCCUUUCCAAAAGAAUUUACGUCGCUGCAUGCAGUUGCAUAUUGGGGCUUAUAUGAUGUUCUUGAGCCCGCUCUUGGGACUGGAGCUAGCAUUGAUCACAAAGACAGCCACGGCAUGUCUGCACUUCAUCUGGCCUCACGCCGUGGUUUUGAAAAAUUGGUGCAAGCCUUUCUCCUCCGAGGCGCCGAUACAGAUUUGAUGAACGAGCGAGGUGAAACUGCCAUGCUUUGGGCCGCGAGGAAUGGCCAUGGGAAGGUGAUGGAACUCCUCAUCGCGAAUGGUGCCGAUUCGACGAUUGAGGAUGACGAAUGCUGGACGGCUCUUCACUGGGCUGUGAUCAACAGACAUGACAACAUAGUUUUGAUGCUCCUUGACCAGCAUGCUCGAGUCGUGUCAGACAACUCGCAGACCAACAAAGCACUGAUCUUGGCUGCUGAAGCGGGCAGCAUCGGGACCCUGGAUCUUCUUCUGCGCCUGGGUGCCGAAGUAGAUGCCGUUGACGAACAAGAGAGUCCUGCGCUACACUGGGCCGCCCCAGGAGGCCAUGAGCAAGCAGCCACUAUCCUUCUGAGGAAUGGUGCAAAUCCUAACUCACGGGAUUGUUAUGAGAACACACCGCUGCAUUGGGCGAUCCCAUACGAGGGAAUCACACGCCUUCUCCUUUGCAACGGAGCUAAUUCGAACUACGUGAACGACGCCAAGCAGUCGCCUUUACAUUGGAGUGCCCACGCUGGGUUCGCCAAUUCAACAAGUGCCCUACUCGAAUAUGGGGGAGACCCCAAUGCACCAGAUUCGCGUGGUGUAACUCCUUUACAUAUGGCAGUGAUGCAGGGCCACGAAGCUAUAGUGGCUCAACUCUUAAGUGCUGGGGCUGAUGUCAAUACUAAAGACGAUGACGGGUGGACCCCACUACAUGCUGCCGUGGUAAGAGGUCACGGCAGCUUGGUGGAAUUACUGGCGAGCCGAGUGGAUGAUGCACAGGAGAUUUUGGAUAAGCUUCAGUCAGAAUUAUCGGGCCGAGACCAUCGCAACAUUCUUGAAGAGAUGGCCUCAAACAAAUCACAUGGAAGCAUAGUCGUGUCAGGGCUUCGUACAGCCGUCAACAGCGGGUACAAGGAGAGAAUCGUGUCGUUGAUAGAAAGCGGCGCCGACAUUGACGCUCAGGAUCCGAUUGGUGAAAGUACUGCCCUCACCCAGGCAGCCGAACAAGGGCGCGCCGAUCUUGCUAGUCUUCUCCUAGAGCGUGGAGCAAAUCCCAACCAGCGAGAAAAGCACGGUAGAACAGCUCUUCAAAUCGCAGCCCGGAAUGGACAUACUGAUGUUGUCGCCGUCCUGGUAGCUGAAGGCGCUGAUAUAGACGCUAGAGUACACGGAUGGACCCCUAUGCUGUUAGCAGCAAAGAACGAGAGGUUUGAAGCUCUGGACUAUCUUAUCAGGAGAGGGGCAGAUGUCAACUCGGUCGACUAUUGUGGGCGGACAGCUUUGCACUGGGCUGCGAAGAAUGGCUGUAUGGCUUCGACACACUUAUUGUUGGAAAUGGGUGCCGAUGUCCAGAUCAAGGAUCACAUGGGAAAGACACCAUAUGAUUGGGCCGUGGAAGAACAGCACGGGUUUGUUGCUAGUAUGCUUCAUCCUUCAGAGAGGUGA